CAAGUUUCAGCGGUACAGAAGUAACACCUUCCGUAUCGAUUAUUCGGAAGCCCCUAUUAGACCAACGCUAGACGAAACAGCAGAUUUUCUGUUUACCGUUCUUAAAACUGGUGCGGAUGUCUAGAUGGUGCAACGGAACACUGCACAAAGUGCAGUAUAUGUUACCAUGCCAACACUCGAACGUGCAUUGGCCAUAGUGAACGCGCACAACGGGAUUCACUUCGUCACGCACGAGGGAAAGCAGCACAAGAUCGCAAUCGAGAUGGUGGAUGAUGCGACAGAGGUAAAAGUGCGCGAUCUGCCACCAGGGAUUCCCGACGCGGAUGUUGUCGCUGAACUGGGCGGUUUUGUUGAGGUACUCACGAUUGUUCCCGGCGUUUGGGGCUCAGAAACGCGGCUAGCUGGAAUCCCGUCGGGUGUGCGCAUAGUCCGCAUUAAACUGGCUAAGCCCAUACCAUGUUGAGGCCGUAUCACUGCAUCACAUCACGUAUCACGGAUCACAUCAUCACUGCAAUGAGGCCGUACACCACGAUCUCAGCUGCAUCCAAAACAGUGUGUCACUUUCGGAACAACGAAAAAUCAUACGCUGGAGCCGUACGGCAGACUCCCACACCAACAGAAGUUACAACUUCACCAUCAGUGGCAAGCACUAACACUAAAGGAUGCGGACGUGGAGGAAAGGUAAGAAUCACUACGCUUACUAAUACAACACAUCCCUCGUCAAGUGCUGCUCAAAACGCAGCUCCGCAACGUCCAGCAGGCGCAUCAAAAAUAGCUAACCGACUGGUGAUCCCGAUCGUGCCGGUUUCUAACGUUCGGCCGUCAAGCCCCAAACCUAACAAAAUAGCCAAGGAAGAGCAACCCCAAGGAAAAGCGAAUUUUAAUGAUUAUGCUUCAAGCACUACGGUGGUUGCUAUGCAUGCUGCAGUUACGUCUGCCACAGCAUCUGCCGCUGCUCCUGCCGCUGCCUCUUCCGACACUCCUGCCGCCGCUCCUGCCGCUGCUCCUGCCGCUGCUGCUGCUGUUGCUCCUGCCGCUGCUCCUGCCGCUGCACCUGCUGCUUCUGCUGCCGCUUCAUCUGCUGCUUCUGCUGCCGCUGCCGCUGCUGAUGCAACUGCUGCUUCUGCUGCCGCUGCUGAUGCCACCGCUCUAGCCGCCACGGCACACAAACAUAUGAGAGUGGACUGCACGGCUAAAAUGUUCAAAGUACCGCUCAUAAUUCCUUCCUCCUCCUUUCCCAUCUGCUCCUUAGAUGAACAGUUUGCAGUAAAACGCAAACAAUUUUCGGAGACGGAUAACGAGAGUGACGCCUCAAGAUCAUCCACACUUAGCUUUACGAGCGUGACCAAGCGUAAGCCUGGUCGGCCUCCCAAGGGGCUCACCACUACACAACCAUGAUCUUAAUUUUGUCGCAAUGGAUACAAACAAAUCAUUAACCCUUCUAUCUGCGGAAUGCAUGUGAUCAUGUUAUACUCGCGGGCGAUUUCAACUGUGUGUUGGAAUCGAAGGAUGUGACGGGCGCGAUAAAUUUCAGCCUUUCUUUGCGAAACGCGGUAAAUAACAUGGGUUUGUGUGACAGCUGGGAGGCUCUCCGAGGAUACGCGGUAGAGUUUUCUUAUGUCACCAGUGGUUCUGGAUCACGUAUCGAUCGGUGUUAUGUUUCUUCCUCACUGAAAACAAAGUUAAAAGUGUCCGGUAUGCAUGUCCUUUCCUUUUCAAAAAAAAUUGAUUCCGUCGUACGACGAAAUCGCACGUCCGACGUUAUCUGUCAAAUUUCAUAUAAAAUGUUGACAGGCCUUCCGAUAAAAUCACAUCCGAUGGAGCACAGACACGGGCCUAACGUAGAUUACAAGCUUCUGUCGCGGAUUGUCAAACACAGAAUCGAUGGCAUCAUCGGUAGGUGGGAGAUAAUCUCGACAGCGCAAAAGUGUUGUAAUAAACUAUGCAACAUUUUUCAGGCUGUUCUUUCCGUUAAGGAGAGGGUGAUAGAUUUGCAGAGGAAACGAAAGUGAUCUCGUCAAUAGAGACUUUCUC